CACAUCAGUUGAAAUGGCACUCAAAAUUACUUGAUUUUCACAAAAAGAAAAGUGUAUGUCCAAAAAAAAUUAUUGCCAUAGAAGAACAUCUGUGAGUUCCAAAAAGAAAAAUUAAAGAAAAAAAAAACGUUUGACUAAUAUCUUGCCUUUUGUUAAGCAAAACGCUAUAUAUAUCAGCACAAUCCCAUUGCAAUGAUAUUCAUCCAAUAGCACUGUAAACACAGGGAUUCACCCAAUCAAAGAGAGAAUGAAGAGUUUCCGUUUUCUUCUAGUCUUGGUUCUGCUGGCAACAACUUCAUUGGAGAUGAAUGCUCGGACUUGCACACCAAGUGGUGGUAUGUGGGGAAGAGGACCGCCUUCAGGAGAAUGUGAUGGUGAUAACAACUCGGACUGUUGUAUCCAAGUUUCCAAGAGGGAGGUGAUGGUGGUGGUCCAUCGGAGUGUGAUGAGCAAUACCACUCUGAUGACACACCCGUUGUUGCACUGUCAACUGGAUGGUACAAGGGAGGGGAUAGGUGCCACAAUGUGGAAAGCCUUAGGGGUAUCCGAAUCCGAAGAUAACUGGGGAGAAAUGGAUAUUACUUGGAGAGAGUAA